AUGAAUCCACAAACGGAACUCAUUCCUCUCAGGAAGAAUCAGCAAGAAACUGACAACUUCCUUCGUUCGCCACUACCAGAUGCCGUUACGCGGGAUAUACGAGGGAAUGCACCAAAAGCGGUCAAAGAGCUACCUGUCAAGUGGUUAGCUGUCUUUAGGAAUCGCGGCAAUGCCUUCUCACAUCACAUUGCGGAACGAAUGAAGGUGACGGACGUGGAUAUUGUGACCAGCGUAGACGAUGGGCACAAGAUCGAGGGAAGGGUGGUUGUGGAGGUCGAGGUCACUCCUGAAAUGUGCGAUGGAGAGGGCGUAAUGCAUCAAGGAGCACUGGUGUUCUUGAUAGACGAGUGCUCGACGCUGUCUAUGGUUGUAGCCAACGCUGCCGAAGGCAGGGUGACGCCUCCAGGUGUUUCAUGCUCGAUCAACACCUUGUUCCAUUCCACAGCUACGGCAGGUACCAAGUUGCGGAUAGUGAACCGCUCCCUCGCAGCUGGAUAUGAUUCUAACUCAGGUCGAAGCGAUGUGUGGGAUUCGGAGAACCACAAGCUCAUCGCAUCGGGUACGCAGCUCACGAUGCCUCCAUCUCGGCCAACGGCUGGAAAGAAGAGCAAACUGUAA